CGCGCAGCCCGUCGCCCCUCGGAAGCUCCGCGGAGAUGGUUGUGCGUACCACGCAUUUGCGGGGCGGUACGUGACGUGGUGUUGGCUCGUUGCAUUGUGGGUGGGGGCGAGAUGGCGGCGGCCCUUGUGUCGUGGAUGCAGCGGAUGACUUCUCCACAGAUCUUUCCCUUCCCAUGCAUUGGGCAAGUAAGGGGCUAUUAUGUGGACUGGAGAAUGCUGCGUGAUGUUAAGAGAAGGAAGAUGGCCUUUGAAUAUGCAGAUCAGAGGCUACGCUUAAAUUGUCUUAGGAAGAACCGGAUUUUGCCAAAAGAGCUCCAGGAAGUGGCAGAUAAAGAGAUUGCUGCCCUGCCCCGGGACAGCUGCCCUGUGAGAAUCCAUAAUCGGUGUGUUCUGACAUCCCGUCCACGAGGUUUGGUAUGGCGGUGGAGGCUAAGCCGAAUCGUCUUCCGCCAUCUAGCUGACCAUGCCCAGCUCUCUGGGGUACAGAGAGCAAUGUGGUGAGACACAAAAAAGGCACCGCUGCAGACAAGACAAAACUGAAUGCUAUUUGAAUUCCUAGGAUUUAUUGAAGACAAGGAUUGCUUGGAACAAAUGGGGAGAAGACAGAGGCAAAUUAAAAUACUUCUGUACAGAAGAAAAAAAGCUUAGUUUGAUUUUUGUCAAAUCUUGUAACUUGCUCUUAUAUUUUUGAAAAUAAAUAGCCCCCGUUUCUGUGCCACAGCAUGCAAACUGAGACGGGAGCAGUUGAUUAAUUGUAACUCUGUAUGUAUAUUUUAAUACUCAAUUACCCAGUCCCAUUUUUUUUAAUUUUACUUUUAUUUUUUGAUUGCUGGUCACUGACUUUAAUAAAUUCAUUCAUAAACUG